AUGUCCGUCACCCCUCAAGGUCGCAAAAUUGCCAUUAUCGGCGCCAGCGGUACCCUCGGCAAGCCUCUCCUCUCUUCGCUCCUCGCCUCCUCCGCCGGGCACACCAUCACCGCCGUCCAGCGCGCCGACGCCACAUCCACCUUUCACCCUGCCGUGCGCGUCCUCCGCGGCGACCUCUUUUCCGAGUCCUUUCUCGCGUCUGCCUUUGCCGGCCAGGAUGUGGUUGUGCUAAUGCCGCCCCUGCCACACAUCAUCUCGCUGCAAGAACCCGCCGUGCGGGCCGCGGCGCUGGCCGGCGUGCCGUAUGUGUUUCCUGCGGAAUUCGGGCCCGAUCCGUUUGCGACGGGGCUGAUUGCGGAGAAUGCGCUUUUGCAGAAGAAGAAGCAGAUUCGGGACCUUGUUGAGGAGCUGGGCGUGGGCAGCUGGGUCUCCGUCGUCGUCGGCCCGUGGACAGAGUACGGCGUCGGCUUUGGCCUCUGGGGCGUGGAUGCCAAGGCCAGGAAGGCGACGCUCUGGAAGGGUGCGGAAGGGAAAGCCAACAGCGCCAGCGCCAAGCAUGCCGGUGAGGCGCUCGCCGCGGCGCUGAGCCUGCCAGAGGCGGCUCUGACCAAGGUGAAGAAUGGCGCGAUUUACACGCCCUCGUUGCGGUUUACUCAACGGGAGCUGCUGGCUGCGGCGCAAAAGGUCACGGGCGGGAACUGGACGGUGGAAGAGCAAGAUGUGAAGGAUGUGGUGAAGGAGUAUGAGGAGGGCCUGGCCAGGGGCGAUGAAGAUGCAGGGCAUGCCAAGUUUUUUGUAACGCAUUCGACGGAGGGCAAGGGGGCGGAUUUUGAGCACAAGAUUGAUAGGGAGCUCCAGGAAAAACUGAAGACGCUGGGGCUCGGGGAGGAGACGCUGGAAGAUGCGAUUCGGGCGACGUUGGCGUAA